CAUAAACAUGAAUCGGCCGCCAAAUCGACCUGGAGUCUCGAUGGCUCCCGUGUCUCGAGUCUCGACUCCAACCCGACCCUGGACGCGCCCGUUAGAGUAAUUCGCGCUUGCGGGUAUCAGACUUAGUCGACGAUCGGGCCUAGCAAAUUUACCGAUGGAGACAGAUGAAAUAAAAAUAAAACGGCGCGUAUAUCGCCCUGAGCUGCUGCUGCUCUAGUACUCUCAGAUCCAUACCCUUUCCCUCUAGAUACACCACCAUGGUGAACGGGGUCUAUGUGGCCAGUCUAACCCUGUAUAUGAUCCUCCUUCCACUCAGUAUAUACAACUUCUGGACUCAUCGCUGGGCUGGCUUGUUCGCCUGGUAUUAUCUCACCGCGUUCUGCAUACUACGAAUUGUCGCCGGUGCCCUCGGUACCUCUCAAGGGGAUAGUCUAGCUGCCAGCAUUCUCAUCGGUGUUGGGACGUCCCCAUUACUCCUCAGUGUCGAUGGCCUCGUGCACGAAGCUCGUUCCUACCGCAAUCCCAGCCAAAACCUCAGCAAAUGGCUCGGCUGGGGCUUCAUCUACAUCAUCACGGCUCUGAUGGCCGCCGCAAUCGCCCUCACAGCAACAGGCGCCAUGGAUGUCUACCAGGGCCACCACAAACAAACUAGUUUAUUCCAUUGGAAGGUCGGAUCGGCGCUGAUGAUCGUCGCAUGGGUGUUCGAGGUCGCCUGGGCUGGCUUCUCUUUACUACCAUCUCAGGCACGUAGAAACGCCCCGGCGUACUGGCAAGGGACUGUGAUUCUCGGCGGAACCCUCAUCGCCCUCUUCUUCCUCGGAAUCAGGGUAAUAUACGCCCAUGUUGCGGUUAUGACGCAACGGCAGGAGCUUAGCCCUGUGUAUGGGACGACCGCGGUGCGCCUGGUGCUCAUGUUCUUCCCUGAGGCGUUAACGACGAUUAUCAUUAUCUUCAUUGGGUUUGCGACGGGGCGGAGUCCGUCUAGUUCUAGGCCGAAUGCCAGUACUACUACCCGAAGAAGGAGAUAGGCUGGUAUAGCCCUUUCCUUCUUCUUUAAAUACUAGACUUAUAGAGCGAUACUAGAGAUUGAUGAUAUAGAAUUUAAAUGAUAUCAUGUGAUG